UUUAAUCAUUACAAGGAAUUUUUCAGAGAUUUAAAAAUUGUCUAGAGAUUUGAAACGAUUUCAAAGGAUUUGGAAUAUUUUUGAGCACUUCAAAAGAUGCCAAGAAAUUUGGAAUACAUUUCUAUAAUUUGAAGUGAAGCCAAAGGAUUUUAAAAAUUUUUAGAAACUUCGGGAGAACUUCGGAGGAUAAUCCCUUCCGAAUUAGAAAUUCGAGAAGGGGAGGAUAUGCAGUUGCGUUUGUCGACGAUCUUGUCGGAUGAAAUCUCCUGUUAUGCUCGCACACCUUGGCUCGAGAAUAUAAAUCUUAAAAUUAAUGAAGAAAAUAGUCGAAUAAAAUUGUGGUCCGUAAAUAACGAGUGUGGAAUUCAAGUAAAAAAUGUGCAGAAAGAGGAUGAAGGAUUUUGGAGACUUGUCUCGAAAAACGGUUUCAAUCAGACAAUCACUGAUGCUGUCAAUGUCAAAAUUCUAGAUAAAGUGAAUUCCAUCGAUAACGAAUAUCAGAUCGAAAGUGGUUUGGGAUACAAUCUUGUUUUAGCUCAGGACAGUAAAUUCUGUACGGUAAAACGACCUAAUAAUGAUAACGCAGAUUUUGAAUUAGUAGAAGAUUGUGUUGUUGAUUUGCAAGAACCUACAGAAGCAGACGCUGGAUUUUGGACAGCAAAAUUUGAGGUAAAAGGACAAAUCGAGGAAGUUGAUGCCACUGCGAAACUCAUCAUUUAUCAGGAACGGUUGAUGUCUGGUUAUAAAAAAAAUGAGACUAAGUACCUUCAUUUAUACUGCAAUCUUGUAAAUUACGAAGGAGUGCCUGAUCUUUGCAGAUUUUCACAAUUGGAAGGACAUCAAAAUGCUUUUCAUCUGAGCGAAGGUCUUAGUAAAGGAAGAUAUGGAUAUUACGGAAAUGGACUAGCAAAUGGUCAAUGUGGAUUGACGAUCGAAAAUCCUGAACCAAAUGAUUUUGGAAACUGGUACUGUCGAGUUGGACAAGUUGGAAAACGCAUUUUAGGAGGCUACAUUCAUAUUCCGAGUCUUGUAAAUAAAUCAAAUGAUGUCAUUUUUCAGUCAGUAAGUCCCGUGAUAACAUCUUUAACAAAAGAUUUGAUUCUGCAAUGUUCAGUAAAUAUUCCUCUAAAAUAUUGUUGGAUUUCGGGACCAAAUGAAACUAUCCUAACACCGACUGAAGCCAAUUUUCCUGAUUUUUCAACUAAAACAAUCUUUUCGAACUCUUACAGUUACUUUGGGAAGGGAUUAGAUAGUGGAGAAUGUGGUGUAAAUAUAACAAAUGCUGAAGAAAUUCACAAUGGCACUUGGACUUGUCAUAUGGGACCAAAUUCACCAGGACUUGAAAUCACUGCCAAUAUCGAUGUACGAAUAUCAGAAACUCCAUUGGCCGCCAGAAACAAAGUCGUUUUUGUAGAAAAUUUAAGUGACUCAGCUUCCAUAAAAUGUAACACUGCUCCAAACAGAGUGGCUCUUCAGUAUUGUAGAUUUUACUCGCCUUCUGGAACUGGGAUUAAUAUUGAUGAGGAAAUAACAAAAGAAAAUCCCCUUGAUUUUGGAACCACAAAAAUUUGGUUCAGUGGCACAAGCACUAAAUUCGGAGAAUGUGGAAUUACACUUCAAAAUAUUCCUUCCAAUGAUAUUGGAACCUGGAGAUGUGCCGCAAGAUUGAAGGGAGUUAAACUCGUCAACGAAGCUUUCGAUACAAUAGAAAUUAUUUUGAAAGACCAGAAAGAAAAUGAAACUCUUACCGCUUCUGCGAAUGCCGGAAUAGCAGUAGGAAUUAUGGUUUUAUUGGGUCUUACUCUUAUAACAAUCGUCCAUUUAAAUAAAAAAAUAAGAGGAUCUUGGAUUCCCUGGCAGGCUCGUCGUUUACCUUCUGCAGACGAAACACCAAGAUCUAGAAAACAAUUACCACCUAUUAUUUUUAAUCCGGUAUCAGCUAGAUCGUCUGGACUUUCAUCAGAAUCAGACCGAUAACUUUUUUUUUUAAUUUAAACUUCACAGUUUAGAAUAUUGUGGUUUUGAUUUUAAUAUGGCGA